CAUUCCACACUCUCUAGUCCUCUCUAACCAACGAACUUCCAAUUUCAAAAUUCGAAUUCGAAUUUUCUAAUUUUAAGCUUUCAUCGGAGGAAAAAAAAAUGAAGGAGAUCGUGUCGAAGCGCAAGGCUGAGCCAACGCCGUUCCCUGGGAAGAAGCUCCGAUCGACGCGUUUACGCCGGAAGAGAGCUCAGAUCUCUCCCGUUGUUGUUCAAUCACCUCUCUGGAGCAAACAAAUCGGAGUCUCUGCUGCUUCUGUCGAUUCCUGCUCCGAUUUGCUUUUCGUAGCCGAUGACAACGUUUCCUGUGGUUCGAGCAGAGUCGAGAAGACUCGAAUUGAAGAGGUAGAAGUUUCUAAACCUGUUAGAGAUGCGGUGAAGGAGACGGUUGGUGAUUCGAAAUUCCGGAGGAUUACGAGGUCGUACGCUAAGCUACACAAGGAGAAGGAAGGAGAUGAGAUCGAAGUAAGCGAAUCGUCUUGUGUUGAUUCGAGUUCCGGUGCUGGAUUGAGGAGUUUGAAGGUGAAAGGAAACGUCGGAGUAGAAACUAACGAGAACGACGAAAUCUCUUACUCACGAUCCGACGUUACCUUCGCUGAGCAUGUCUCCAACAGCCGGAAUUUGAGUUUCGGAUCGGAGAAUAAGGAGAGCGACGUCGUUUCAUUCAUAUCGGGAGUGGAGUACUGUUCCAAGCUUGGGAGUGUUACCGGAGGAGCUGAUGAUAACGAAGAAAUUGAAAUCUCCAAACCGAUCAGCUUCGUGGAAGCUGAUUCCUCUCUUGUAUCGGCUAAGGAAUCGAAGCCGGAGCUUGAGAUAGUCGGAUGCGUCUCUGAUCUCGCUUGCUCUGAGAAGUUCUCGGACGAAGAGGUUUCCGAUUCUCUGGAGGUUGAUGAGUCAUCCGAGCAGCGUUCAGAGAUAUAUUCUCAGUAUUCCGACUUCGAUUGCUCGGAUUACACUCCGUCGAUAUAUUUCGACUCUGGUAGUGAAUUCUCUGAGAAAUCGUCCUCUGAUUCUCCUAUUUCACACUCACGCUCUCUGUACCUCGAGUUCAAGGAACAGUUCUGUAGAUCCACAAUUCCCAACGAAUUGAGAUCUUCUUGCCAGGAAGAAGUUCUCUCUCAAGUGCUAAGGUUUGAUGAUGAGGAGGUGGAAGAGAGCUAUCAAAGGCUGAGGGAAAGAGAGAGGAGUCAUGCCUAUAUGCGGGACUGUGCUAAGGCUUACUGUUCCAGGAUGGACCAUACUGAUGUCAUCACACGUCUACGCUGCAUCAUGGUUCAAUGGAUUGUGAAGCAAUGUUCUGAAAUGGAGCUUCACCAAGAGACAUUGUUUCUAGGAGUUGGUCUGUUGGAUCGAUUCCUGAGCAAAGGAUUAUUCAAAAGCGAAAGGACUCUAAUACUAGUUGGGAUUGCGAGUCUUACUCUUGCCACCAGAAUUGAAGAAAAUCAACCUUACAACAGCAUCCGGAAAGGGAACUUCAGAAUUCAGAACCUAAAAUAUAGCCGGCCUGAAGUAGUGGCAAUGGAGUGGCUGGUUCAAUAAGUCCUCAACUUCAAAUGCUUCACACCCACAAUCUUUAACUUCUUGUGGUUCUACUUAAAAGCUGCUCGAGCCAAUCCAGAAGUUGAAAGGAAAGCCAAAUCCCUGGCUAUUACCUCACUAUCCGACCACACUCAACUCUGUUUUUGGCCCUCAACUGUAGCUGCUGCACUCGUAGUUCUCGCCUGCAUCGAACACAACAAAAUCUCUGCAUACCAACGAGUCAUAAAGGUCCAUGUUAGAACAACAGAUAACGAGUUGCCUGAAUGCGUCAAGAGUCUGGACUGGUUGCUUGGGCAGUAAGCAAUCAAAAAGGAGCAACAACCGUAAAACCAGGAUACAGUAUACUCCGAUACGUACACACAGGUUAUGAUUACCAUUCACAAAACAAACACAAGGUAAAGUAAUAAGAAAUUCCUCUACAGAUUUAUAUACUUAAUCGAACUGGACUUUACUUAGUUAGCUCUUGGGAAACUAGUAUACCAAUUAUUAGGCCACCAUUUGUGUCGACAAAAACAUAUAUUCUCUUAAUUUCCCCCAAUACAUUAUACUAGCAUAUUAAAUAUUUC